UUUGAACGAGAACUAUCUCAUCGUUAAUCCUAGAGAGAACCCCCUCGGUUUCGCUGUGGAUUACUACUAUCAUCCAAGAGCAUAACUACUGGAAUUGUAUUAUUUUGGGGAAUUUCGAUUUCUGGAUUAUAUUACAAUUACGUGGAAAACAUGACUCUGGAGGAACUUGUUGGAUGCAACAGCACUGACAGAAAAAUGGAAACUGUGAGUGAAGCUCUCGAGGAGCUGCUAAUGGCUGCACAGCGGCAGAACUGUCUGACAGUGGGAGUCUAUGAGUCUGCACAGCUGAUGAAUGUAGACCCAGACUGCGUAGUCCUGUGCGUCCUCGCGACUGACGAGGAGGAUGAGAAUGAUGUUGCGCUGCAGAUCCACUUCACGCUCAUCCAAGCCUUCUGCUGUGACAUCGACAUCAACAUUGUGCGCGUCUCCGGCAUGAGGCGUCUGGCACAGGUUCUCGGUGAACCGAUCUCCACCGACAACAACGCCAACGAACCCAGAGACCUCCACUGCAUACUUGUAACUAACCCCCAAGCCGAGCAUCUCAAGCUGAACGAGGUGGGCAGUUACUGCAAGGAAAGCCGUUGCAGAAACCAAUGGGUGCCCUCCAUUGCCUUGCAAGAACGCUGAGGAUUUCGUGUGCAUACAUGUGUACUACAAAGUUUGAAGAAAAAUGAUGAUCAACAGCCAUGAUGGCAUACACAUCAAUUCAAAAGGAAUGAGUCCUUUUCUGAAGCUUCCAACUCCGUGUUUAUGGAAUAAGCGCCGGAGGAUACUGGAGACAUUUGUCCGCGUUUCUAGUACUGCAUGACUGGGUGGUCGGUGGACUGUCUGUGUCUCACAUCGAAAGGGACGUACUUGCAAGUUUGCUAGCCCUUGGGGUAUUUCCAGAAUGAAACCAUGCCUACUGCAUGGGCGCACUCUGCCUCCCACGUGGGGAGUGAAACAACAAGACUCAGACCUGACAAUGUUGUCAUAGGUCUUUAAAGAGGAGGAAGAGGAACUAGAGACUGCUGUUUUAUGACAAGUUGUUUUGCUUGUGCAGUUUUAUUUAUGCAUAACACUGAUGUCAUUACCAACAAAUACAUUAUGUGGUUAUUUCUGAAUUGAAAAUGUUUUAAUUUUUAUUAUUAAAUAAAAUGUUA